AUGGAAUUGAUCUACCGAAGAGUGAAGCUCAGAUUGCCGCUCCGGUAUCUCUUGAGGCCUGCUAGGCCCUUUUGGACGCGGCCAAACACGAUCCUGCAGCGACCUCAGCGAUGGAACUCCGCGCUAGCCACAGCUACUCCCCCGGAAAGACCAGCGAUCAAGCUUCGAGACUACCAGGAAGAAUGCAUUCAAUCGGUCUUGGAUCAUGUCGAUCAAGGACACAAACGGCUGGGUAUAUCCCUAGCUACAGGCGCCGGGAAAACGGUCAUAUUUACUCAGCUUAUAGGCAAGAUACAGCCGAGGAAUGCGGUCGGAGAUAAGUCGCUGAUUAUUGUUCAUCGGAGAGAGCUGGCUGAGCAAGCAUACCGGCAUUGUCUCCUCGCAUACCCGGAGAAAACCGUGGAGAUUGAGAUGGGCAACCGCGUCGCCUCGGGCUCCGGUGAUAUUAUCAUUGCCUCUGUAAGGAGCCUUACAUCCGGGGAUCGGCUUGCAAAGUUUGAUCCCAAGCGCUUCAAGUUAGUUUUGGUGGAUGAGGCGCACCACAUCGUUGCCCCAACAUACCGCACCGCAUUGGGGUACUUCGGCCUCAACGAAAAAUCGCCGGACUCUCCAAUUCUGGUUGGCGUGUCUGCCACAUUCUCGCGCUUUGAUGGGCUGAAGCUGGGUGCUGCCAUUGACCAUAUCGUGUAUCAUAAGGACUAUACGGACAUGAUCAACGACCAAUGGCUUGCCAAUGCUGUGUUCACCACUGUACGAUCUCAGGCGAACUUGACAGGCGUUAGGAAAGACAAAUUUGGAGACUUCGCUGUGGGGUCACUGUCUAAAGCUGUCAAUACCAUCCAAACAAAUGAAAUCACUAUCCGCGCGUGGAUGGCUAAUGCAGCGGAGAGGAAAUCUACUCUGGUUUUCUGCGUUGACAUUGAACACACAAAGGGGCUGACCGAGACUUUCCGACAGUAUGGCAUCGACGCUCGGUACAUCACAGGCACCACAUCAAAGAAUACGAGAGAUGAACAGCUCGAUAAGUUCCGAGCCAGGGAAUUUCCUGUUCUGGUCAACUGCGGCCUGUUCACGGAGGGUACCGAUAUGCCCAACGUCGACUGUGUCUUACUUGCCCGGCCCACUCGAUCUCGCAACCUACUAAUUCAGAUGAUUGGACGAGGCUUGCGCUUAUACCCCGGCAAGAAAGACUGUCAUAUAAUUGAUAUGGUAGCUACCCUCGAUACAGGCGUCAUCUCUACCCCUACCCUCUUCGGAUUACAUCCCGAUGAGGUACUAGAAAAAGCAACGGCAAAGGACAUGAAAGAGAAAAGAACUGCAGAAGAAGAGGGCAGCGGAUCAAAUAAUACAUCUCUUGCUGAAAGCGAAGCGCACAUGCCCAAUGACGUGAAACUUACUUUCACCAAGUACGACACCAUCUACGACCUCAUUCACGACAUGAAAUCAGAAAGACACAUCCGCUCCAUCAGCCACUAUGCCUGGGUUCGUAUUGGCGAAAAGAAAUAUAUCCUCUCAGGCGGCUCCGGCUGGCUAACCCUCGAACAACAAGACUCAACGGAGCCCGACGAGCCAUCAACCCAGUACCUAGUCUACCACGUAAUGACAUUCAAACCCACCGAGGACACAAAGCAAUACACACGUCCUCGGCUCAUUGCCAAGGCAGAGGACUUUGAAUCCGCCGUCCGCGCAGCCGAUACAUUCGCGGCGUCCCACUUUGCAAACCACUACAUUUCCACCCGGCAGCAGUGGCGAAGCUACCCUGCAUCUCCCUCUCAGGUGAAGUUCCUGAAUGCGGCGAAGAUUCGCCAGGGGGAGAUUCAGAAUGGCGAUCUUACACGCGGCCAGGCGACGGAUAUCAUCACCAAGUUGAGGUUUGGCUCAAAGAAGAGGUUUGCGGCGACGAGGAAGCAGCGCGCGAAGCAUGAUGAGAAGAUCAAGAAUAUUGAGGAGCUACGGAAGAGAGGUGAGGUUAGGGUUGGGCCCGUUGAGGCUUGA